CACAACUAAUCAGAAUGUCUGACGUUCAGCUCUACCUGAUUGAGGCCGAAAAGGAUAAAAAGGAAGCGUCGCGAAUUGCCAGUGUUACAGCUCACAGAUUAGAGGCGAAAGAGUUGAAGCUGCUGGAUUUGAUAGAAUCCAUCGGCGAAUAUUUGAACAACGAUGAUGCAGCAAUACGUGCAAAAACACUAUCAUACCUUGCGGAAAUCCUUCAAUUUAUGCCGCCAAAGGUUCUUUCCGUUCAACAGCGAAAUCUGUUGAGCGAAUUUAUCUUAUCCAGGAUAUCAAAUGAUGCUUCUAGCAUCGGUUCUUGUGCAAAAGCUUUGCUUGCGCUAGAAGAGCUUGGGCGAUGGGAUCAGGAUAUGGUGGCUAAAGUGCUUUCAACAUUGCUCGAUCAUACAUCACCACUGAUCCAAUAUAAACAACAAUCGGAGCGUUACGCCGUAAUAGUCUUGCUUGAUCGCCUGCUAUCAAAAUAUCGUGAGGCUAUUCAUACGCUUCACAAGAGUUCACAGGACUUUCUCCCUCGCUUCAUUGCAUAUUUCGAUGGUGAGAAAGAUCCUAGGAACUUAAUGAUAAUUUUCUCGCUUUUAAGGGUCGUUGGUGUAGAAUGGGAUGUCUCGUCGGCUGCACAGGAGCUCUUCGAGGCCUCAUUCAAUUACUUCCCAAUCACUUUUCGCCCCCCACCUGACGACCCAUAUGGAAUAACAGCUCAAGAUCUGAAGGAACGUUUGAAGCUCUGCAUCUCGGCUUCAUCUUCAUUCUCUCCAUAUUCAUUUCCUGCUCUUAUCGAUAAACUCGAUUCAACAUCAUUCAACGUGAAGCGAGAUACUCUUCAGGCAUUGUUCAGCUGCAUCCGCGAAUAUGGCCCCCAUGCAAUCAAUUUGUACUCAACUGUUCUAUGGGAUACACUUAAGUAUGAAGUACUUAAUGUGCAAGAAGAAGACCUGGCAAAGGAGUCUUUAAAAGUGCUGGAAGAAAUCGGUCGACAGCUAGCGAGGGGGUCCUCAGACGCUCUGGUGGUUUUUCUGAAACCUGUUGCUAAGGAAUGCAACGAACAUCUUGCAGAUGCUCCCACUAAGCAAUCACAAGGCGCAACGAGGAUGCUUUAUGCGAUCAGCUCAUCGUCUGCGGCGGCUUGUAGCUAUCUUUUGUCUGCCAUUCUCCCCAAUCUGUUCAGCAUGUACCAAGGAACACAGGAUAUCGCGAAAAGAAGAGGCCUUGUCGAAACGCUAGCUGCCCUCAUAAGAGCUGACAUCGUGGUCUUCGGCGAAUGGAGAAGAGACUUUGCCAACGGUGAUUUGGAACUGCGUUCAGAAAGAUCAUUGAGUAAUCCUCUCCGUGAUUACGCUACAAAUGCGCUCGAGAUAUUGAUCGGGGCUUUAUCGACAGCACUAGUAUCACAGGUUUCAUAUCGACUAGUCCUUCUUGAUGCCUUGCUACAGCUCGCGAAAGUGCGAGCUCUUCUAUCGGAUGAUCAAAUAUCGUCCAUAAUCAAUCUUUUCGACAACAUCAUUAUAUCGGAAGAGUCCUAUGGCAAGGAUGAAUUAAAAACCGCUGCGAUCAGCGCUCUGGUAGAACUUGCACACCAGAAGUCCGAGCUUGUCAUUGUCAAAUCGUUCCCUGAUUUCCUGGCCCGCUUGCCAGACAGGGAUGAAACCGGACCAGACACUUACAUCCCUAUUCUUGAAGCCUUCGCGAGACUUGGGAGCGAAGAAAAGGUUUUUGACACCGUGGUACUGAGAUUAAAGAACAAGCUAUAUUCCGCUAUUCAUUCGCGGGCCUCCUCUACGUACAUUCAAGCGAUUCUAUCAGCAUUAUUGUACGCAUUCACCCAGGAAUCGGUAAAAAAAGAGCCUCCAAAAGCAUUCGAAAAUGCAUUUGUGGAACUGGUGCUACCUCUAAUUCAGAAAAUAUGUCUCGAGGCAAGCGAAGAACAACAAGAUGACAUGACAUUCUACCUUCUCGGGAGGUUAGCCAACACAAUCCUCCGGUGUCAGGACACAGAGUCACAGCAAAACGUGGCUGCAAACAUAUACACUCUGUAUUUGGAUUCACCAUUUGAUGAAGGGCCGCCCUUUAAGAAGGAUAUUUCGCUCGCGGAAAGCAGACGGCUUGUGCUUUCGACAUACCUUUUGGCUGCCAUGAGAAAAGAGGUUCAUCUUCCACUCGAUCGCGGAUUGUUACUUUCAUCAUUGAUCAACUUCGCGUCACAGGAGAAGCUGACUCCAGGUAUCAAAGUUGCUUGUCUCCAACACCUCUCGCUUGUGCUGAACAAAUAUGUGCCCUCUGCGGAGUUGAAGCAAACAUUGGACGCUCUUGUACAUGGUCAAAACGAUCUGUUCUCUUCCAUGUUCACCCGACCAAGUUCAGUCCAAACGAUAUUCGCCAUCGCGAAAGCUCUAGUUCUGCGAAAUUCCUCUAGCCUCAAUGACAUCUUUUCGUCACUGACGUCAACUCUGAUGGACUCCCAAGUUGGCACCACAGUUGCUCAUGGUUUUGCAACGUUGCUACAACCGGACGAAAUUCUUACAAAAGAGAACCAUUGCACAAUUUCUCCACUACAUAAGCAAAAGACAUUUGCGAUGCUAGUGCCUGACAUCACAAGUGGCUUUAGGGCAGCCGCGAUGGAAACAAAGAAAAAUUACCUCAUCGCGCUCGCUGGGAUCAUAAGGUCACUGCCAUACGCUGUUCUAGAGCCUCAAUUAAGUUCCCUUACUCCACUUUUGCUUCAAACACUCGAGGUUAGCGGCGAGGAAGAUGUCAGAGCUGGCACGAUCGAGACAAUAAUGGUCAUCAUUACCGAAAAUCCAAAAAUCAUGGAGGAACAUGUAAGUGGUCUGAUCUCAAGACUUCUAACGUGUUCUUCAUCAAGGACGAGUUCGGCAACUGUGAGGGCAAAGGGUCUGAAGUGUCUUGCUCUUGUAACUCAACUAAGAGCUGAGCUUAUUAUUCCUUACAGAAAACAGGUGAUAAAGAAGCUCAUAGUUCCUCUAGACGACAAGAAGCGGGUUGUGAGGCAAGAAGCGGUCAAGUGCAGAGCCAAGUGGAUUGAACUAGAUGAAGUGGACGAAGAUGGUGAAUGAGAAACAAAGAUCAUCGCAAAACUAUUAGCUCUGAUUCAUGAAAUGUAUGGAAUUGAUCUAGACUUUAGGACAAGAAGUAAAUAAUAGGUGAAGCAUACGCGU